UGCUAUGACCACCGCUCCGAAAGGGAAAUCAUCUUCAGCAGUUACGCAUUUCUAACAGUUAGUUUACAGCUAUGCUGUAAGCGGGAUGUAAUGCGUUUCAUUUUAAAAGUGAUUGAUUUGUUUGGAAAUUGUUUGUUACGAUUCUAUUAUCUUUGUGUAAAGGAUGCAAAUAAGUACUAUGCUUGCGUUCAAAGUAAAUGAAUAUUGUGUAGAUUAGUGUGUUGGAAUUCUUCAAAAUCAGAGAAAUAAUCUCCAUUAUUGUAUAAAAGUCCAAAUUAUCAGAAUCUGGAGAAUCCGAUUUGAUAAUGAGCAAAAAUCCUCAGUAAACAGUUAUCGUGAGUCUUUGCAUUGUUAUGCUUUAUAAACUUGGUUGUUUCAUAGAAGGUAUACAUUAAGAAUAUGGAAACUAAAAAGCGUAAAAAUGAAGAGAAAAUUCCAGGCAAAAACCAUUAUACUAAUAACGUUGCUGUGCGUAUUCAGCGAAAUCAGGCCGAGAAGCAGAGGCGUGACCGACUCAACGACCAGAUUGCUCAGCUGGCCACUCUUGUUCCCCCAGCUCUAAAUGCCUCAAAACCUCUCGACAAAGUUAGCAUCUUGAGACUAUCAGCGUCAUGGAUGAGGCUAAAUUACAGUUGCUUGAACGCAAACCGUUUCAAGUCUGCUGUUGUGAGUUACCUUGAUAUGCAUCAUUCAUUGAUUACCAACUUGGAUAUAUUAGAAAAAUCAAUUAAUGGUUUUAUCAUUGCCACAACAUUUGCUGGAGUUGUUUUAAUGUGCUCAAGGUAUUCAGAAGAAUACAUUGGUUACCAAAAUAUUGAUCUUCUGGGGCAUCACAUUUCGAACUUCGUGCUCAGAAAAGAAAAAGAUCUACUUAUGAAAAAAAUGAGAAAUUUAAUAUCCAAAUAUAAGAAUGGAUCUUCAAAUCCUCGUAAUGUGGUUAGGGUACGUAUGCAACAGCGACCAUUACCUCGCUGCAGUGAGAUGCGGUACAGAAAAAUGUCUUUCUCUCUCUCCAUACAUUCUGGCGACGAAAUGCCCCAAAGUACUGCUGCAACACUGAAAAAAAGCUUAAAGAUCGGACUACACAGAGAUUUUGGUGAAAGUGCUAUAAUAUUAAUAUUUGCCGAACCUGUGCAAUUAGAGCCAGCCAUUGAUGUGCAAUACUUAGAACAAAAAGACUGUUACUUCACAAUACACGGUACUCAAGGCGAAAUUAUUUUUGCUGAUCACAGAAUAUCUAUUAUGACUGGUUAUAUGCCUCGAGAUGUUUUGGGAAAUUCAGCUUAUCAGUAUAUUCAUAGUUCAGAUGUGCCAAUAGCUCUCUUUGCACAAAAAGCUAUGUUUGUAAGCAGUGAUGGAACUGGAAUAAUAACUUACAGACUUCGAAUUCGUACCUCAACUUACAUAUAUCUGCAAACCAAGGGCCAGAUUAGAUAUAAGGACUCAACAAAGGAAGUUCGCCAAUUUAUCUGUUGCAACAUUUUGUUAAGUGAUGAAGAUGGUAGUCGAGAACUUAAAAAAUUUCAAGAUAGAUAUGCCCCACAGCUCAAAGAAUCAAAACUGACACUUCAAGAAAUUAAAUCAUCGACUAAAUCAUUAAUCAAAGUUAAUGGUGACAGCUGCGCCACCAGAAAAUGUUCUACUCUAGUUGAGCAUGAAAACGUGAAACAAAAAAGCAGCCUCCCAGUAACCAAUGGUUCCAUCUCUGAUGCACCCAUGGACAUUGAGGAACCAAACACAACUGAAAGUACAAAAAAUAGUAGUGAUGUACACUUGAGCAAAAUUAACUACAAUGAAAACCGAAAUCACUCGUUAUCUUCAAGCUCUGAAAUUUGUCCCCUGAGCUCUGAUGAUAAUUCUCUCAUUACAUUUAGUGAUGAUGGUCAGGCACUUCAAAUGAUGAACUGCAAUAAAACUGCAUCAUCAGAAACAUUGAGUUGUAAUGUACAAUGUAAUAGCACUCUUUCGAGUUUUGAUCUCACCAGUCCUGUGCAAUAUAUGUCAUCUUCGAAUGAUGCUCCUGUUUCUUAUGCUGAAUCUGCAAUUCAGGAGAAUGAUGAUUUUCCUGUCAUUUUAAAUUCUACCUUUAUUACAUCAGACUUACUUUUAGCUCCCGAUGAUUAUACUUACGAUGCUGGAAAACCUUUUUUCCAGUCUCAAAAGUGUACUAGUUCCCAAGUUAAUUGCACGCAACGCCAUCUCCAGGAGAACGAUGGCUCGUUUGAUGUGUCCGACAGUAUUGAAAUGGUUCCAGGCGACUUUUUGACACCCCAAGGUUCACUUCAGAAUUAUGCGACCAUCAACCCCGAGUCUUUGAACAUUACUGAUGAAACUUUCACAAGCUUUGAAAGUGGUCACGGAAAUGUAAAUAGUUAUGUUAGUCAUAAUCAUUUCACCACUUUCAAUCCAAAAAUUACUUUUGCUGGUGAUAGCCAAUCAACUUUGAACAUGAGAGUAGUAAAUGCUGCCAUAAAUUCGAUUCCCGAUAAUAGCUCCCAAGAAAACAUUGAUUUAAGUUUUUUUGACCAUUCUGUUGAAAACAUGGCACUGCUUAGUGAUUUUUUUGAAAAUGCCAUGCCUUUUCCGAAGUCGAACCAUACUGAUAAGUUUCAAACUGAAACUGCAAACUCUAUUUCUGGUACAGAAAUGAACUGUGACAGUGGUGUUUUAAAUGAUACUAAUUGUGCUGGCAAGCUUGGAUUAUUCACGCAAACUAGCUCAGAAAUACAUAUCAGUAAUAACGCACAUUCACCCGAGAAAUUGAAUGAUUGUUCACGUGAUGUAUACUUAACAUCUGAUAACGAUAAUUCUGUGGAUUCUAAUGGAAUGCAAAUGAGGAAUUUUUAUGCAGACCAUUUUCAAACUCAUGAUUGGCAGAUGAAGGAAGAUAGCAGCUCCACCAAACAAGAGAUUACCGAUCACCUUUAUAGCAAAUUUCACACAAAUGCAGCUAAUGAAGGUAGAGUUUACAAAGUAUCCAGAAAAGGAUUGAAUCAUCUCCAUCCCAGCAUGAAUUCACAAUCUACAUUAAAUGACGCACAAAAUGAAUAUGUAGCUGAUUUGGAUAAUCAGUCAAGAUCUUCCCUGUGUCCAUCAUUUCAGGAAAGCAUGUUUGAAAAUCUUUAGUGAACCCUUGGAUGUUAUGAACUCGAAGAAACCACGGUGAUAAAAAUUUCACUUUGUCUGAAAGCUGAGAAAGUUGAACUGGAAAACUUCAUACAAAUAUUGUAAGUGCCAUAGUUGACUAAGUUGAACUGUUUCUAAGAAACACUAGUUGGUUUUUUUCAAAGAGAUGGAAAGCAUUUCUGUGGCUCUGAAUUUUAGUCAUUUCGCUCAAAUGUGUUUUCAUGUAAUUCAAAAUUCAAGUGUGUUUAAGGUUUAUA